AUGAGAUGUACAACGACGCAAUUUAUGAUAAGGCGUCGAUUUUUGAGCAGGGGUGUAGAAACCCACGACUUCCUCCAAUUCCUUCGUUCCAUAAAAUACGAUCAUCGUCAGGUACCAGACGACGGAUUCGAUGGACCCGUUCAUGUGAACGUCUCCAUCGUUGUCAGUAACAUUCGAUCGGUUUCUGAAGUCACCAUGGAUUAUUCCAUUGAAAUGUUUUAUCGAGAAUCGUGGCGAGACCCAAGGCUAACCUAUAGUAGAGAGAAAUUUAAGAAUAAAACUGAAAUUUCGCUUCAUGAGAGCUACUCGAAUUUUCUAUGGCAUCCGGACACUUUUGUGCCAAAUGCGAUUUCUUCGAAAAAUCCCAGAAGGCAAUCGAUAACGCAUCGAUCGCUUUUGAGACUUCGAAAUAACGGAUCAAUAUUGUAUAGCCGACGAUUAUCGUUAAUUUUGACAUGUGGAAUGGACCUGACCCUGUUUCCAUUCGACACUCAACUAUGUAAAAUGGGCUUUGAAAGUUACGGCUACACAGCGGACAAAGUCAAAUAUUUUUGGUCAUCUGGAGUCAUCCAAUCUCUGAAACUUCACAAAAUCCGGCUACCUGAUUUCCAGGUCAAGGAGGCUUAUGUGACAAGUCGAGUGGAGAGCUAUGCUACUGGUGACUACUCUCGUCUGUACGUAUGUUUUGUGUUCAAUCGAGCCGCCGGUUUCUGUUUCUUGCAACUAAUCAUUCCGUCGACAGCUGUUGUCAUAACCUCUUGGGUUUCGCUGUGGAUGGAAAACGAGACAUCGUUUCAGGACAUGAUCUCUAUUAUCCUCACUAUCACAUUUUUAUUGUUUUCGUACAAUGAAGUGAUGCCCCGUGUUAGUUAUAUCAAAGCAAUGGAUGUGUAUCUAGAGACACAUCGAUCGUUGCCGCUGGCAUGCUACCUAUGCUUCGAUUGGUCAAUGGAAUCUCAUCCCCGGAGGUCAAUGGAUCUACAGGCGGAUUCACUUAUGAGAAUCCUGGUCUCCAUGUCCCCCGACACGUUCACUCAAAUCCCAAUCGACACCAAUGGCACAACGACUCCAGUAUGCCGUCAGAAUCGCGCCAAGGACAAUGGAAAUGUAUCCCAAUCAUCAUCGUGGUUUGAAUUCUCACCGACUUUCAUGCAUCGCUUCCAUUGGAUCACACAGAUGACGUUCUUCUUUGGAUUCGUCAUUUUUUGCCUUUUUUAUUUUUUGGUCUAUCCAAAUAUUCAUACACAGAUUACCGACGACGAUUGUGACCGUCAGAUGGCCGAGUGGUUCGCUGAAAUUCAUUGA